UGUUCUGGAUACGUGUCGGGGGUUUGCUGACAGUCGCUGUGUUAACCAGCAGGUCUGUUUCAGCCACUUUAGGAAGUUUCUCCUUCGCCUCUUACUAUGGGGACCACAUGGUUCUUCAGCGGGGACCCCAGAGGGCCAACAUUUGGGGGUACUCUCCGAAACUGGGAGAAAAAAUAACAGUGACUUUGGGUAGUCAUCCAGUGUCCACUACAGUGGUCAAGGGUAAUGUGGCUAAAGGCGGGGUCUGGUCAGUUAAGCUUCCAGCCAUCACUAAUCUCGGGCCCUACGUUAUCACGGCAUCAUCUACUUCCGGCACGAUUCAGCUACACAAUGUCCUCUUUGGAGACGUUUGGAUUUGUUCGGGACAAAGUAAUAUGCAGCUUACUGUAUCGAUGGCGUACAAUGCCUCCCAAGAAAUAGCCGAUGCUGACCACUAUCCGAAUAUUCGGGUUAUGACCAUCAGCAGAAAGGCCUCUCCACAUCUGGUGGCGGAUCUGCCUCAGAUCCUCCAGCCGUGGGCUGUGGUGAGCAGAGCUUCGAUUGGAGGACCUGACUGGGAUUACUUCUCUGCGGUUUGCUGGUUUUAUGGGAAGUAUUUGUACCGCCAUCGAGGCUACCCUAUAGGUCUGAUAGACUCUAACUGGGGAGGGGCAGCCAUAGAACCAUGGAUGACAACUGACGGUUUGGCAACAUGUAAUGUGAAAAUUCCCAGCCCACUCGUGAUGGCCAAGCCUGUGCCGGGUGUAUUUUAUGUUCCCGAUGAGCCAACCGUGUUGUGGAACUCUAUGAUGGCACCGCUAGUGAAUAUGACAAUCUACGGAGCGAUCUGGUACCAAGGUGAGACAAACGCACGGGAUCCUUCAGCUUACAAAUGUCUUUUCCCCGCGAUGAUCAAAAGUUGGAGGCAAACAUUCCACGAGGGAUCAGGCGGUGAAACGGAUGCCAUAUUCCCUUUUGGAUUCGUUCAGAUUGCCCCUUGGACCCAGCAGAGCACUAUUGGUAGCUUCCCGGCACUACGGUGGGCUCAGACAGCUGGUUAUGGUUACGUACCCAACUCCGUCAUGAACAAGGUCUUUAUGUCUGUAGCAAUGGAUCUUGCCGAUUACGACAGUCCUUGGAAUACUACUCACCCAAAAAACAAACAAGACGUUGGUCUCCGCCUGGGUCUGGCCGCCGAAGCUGUGGCUUACGGGGUUCCUAACGUACGAUAUCAGGGGCCUUUCCCUACCACAGUGUCCGUCAACCCGACCUCGGGUAUCGUGACCAUAGAGUUUGACAGCGGAAGGACGCCCAUCGAGGUCAGAAGCAAUGACGGUUACGAGGUAUGCUGUUCUGCGAAUGUCAACGUAAAGUGCCUCACAAACGACGCCGAAUGGAAGCCAGCGCCUAUAAGGAAACAACGAACGUCAUCCAUUGAUUUAACGUACAGUCAGAACUGCGGCGCCAACGUCCAUAUCCUUGGCGUCAGGUACGCCUGGAGGGAGAGUCCGUGUCCCGCGAAGAAAUGCGCAAUCUACAGCAAAUCUAAUGCCUUACCUGCGCCGCCUUAUUUGUCUCUAGGUUAUUAUGCUUGA